AUGGUUUUGCUCUUUCUCCCGCUCGCCCUUCGCAGCACACCUCUCUUUAAAUCGCAGGGGAGAGAGUCCGUGAAUUCCUUUAGGUUGUCUCGUAAGCCACGUUUUUAGGGUCUCUCUUGGGUUUUCAGUUCACCAUAGCUGCAAGGUUUUCAUAGGGUUUCUUGAUCAGCCAUGGCGUGUGUAUACAUUCCUGUUCAAAACUCAGAGGAAGAGGUGAGAGUUGCUCUAGACCAGCUCCCAAGGGACGCUACUGAUAUCCUCGACAUUCUCAAGGCUGAGCAAGCUCCGUUGGAUCUAUGGCUCAUCAUUGCCCGUGAAUACUUCAAACAAGGAAAGCUUGAACAAUUUCGCCAAAUCUUGGAGGAAGGUUCAAGUCCAGAAAUUGAUGAAUAUUAUGCAGGAGUCACAUAUGAGCGAAUCGCUAUGCUUAAUGCAUUAGGUGCUUAUUAUUGCUACCUUGGGAAAAUUGAAACCAAGCAAAGGGAAAAGGAAGAUCAUUUUAUUUCUGCUACGCAAUACUACAACAAAGCAUCAAGGAUUAAUAUGCAUGAGCCUUCCACUUGGGUUGGAAAAGGCCAGCUUUUAUUGGCGAAGGGUGAUCUGGAGCAGGCGUCUAAUGCAUUCAAGAUUGUAUUGGAUGGACAACCUGAUAAUAUUCCAGCUCUUCUUGGUCAGGCAUGUGUCAAGUUUAAUAAUGGGCGAUAUAUGGAGUCAUUGGAGUUAUACAAGAGGGCUUUGCGAGGAAAUCCAAACUGCCCUGCUGCAGUAAGGCUUGGUUUAGGACUAUGUCGGUACAAACUAGGGCAAUUUGAUAAAGCUCGACAAGCGUUUCAGCGUGUCUUACAGUUAGAUCCAGAAAAUGUUGAGGCUCUUGUGGCUCUUGGAGUUAUGGAUUUGCAAACCGAUGAGGCCAUUGCGAUUCACAGCGGAAUGGAGAAAAUGCAAAGAGCUUUCGAGAGAUACCCAUAUUGCGCUAUGGCUUUGAAUUAUUUAGCGAAUCAUUUUUUCUUUACCGGGCAACACUUUCUAGUUGAGCAGUUGACAGAGACUGCACUUGCUUUGGGCGAUCAUGUUAUGAUGAAAUCACACUCAUACUACAACUUGGCUAGAUCUUAUCAUAGCAAGGGUGACUAUGAAAAAGCCGGACGAUACUACAUGGCAUCUAUCAAAGAAUGUAACAGGCCUCAAGAUUUUGUAUUGCCUUAUUAUGGGCUGGGACAAGUUCAGUUGAAGUUGGGAGAGUUAAAAAGCGCUCUUUCAAAUUUCGAAAAAGUUUUGGAGGUUUACCCAGAAAAUUGUGAGAGUUUGAAGGCUGUUGGGCACAUUCAUGCUCAGCUUGGGCAGACAGAGAAGGCCUUGGAUAUUUUUCGGAAGGCAACAAGAAUAGACCCUCGUGAUGCACAGGCAUUUCUUGAGCUGGGGGAAUUGUUAGUGUCAUCUGAUACAGGUGCUGCACUGGAUGCCCUGAGAACUGUAGGUGCCCCUUCUAUGGCACGCGGCCUUCUAAAAAAAGGAGGCGAAGAAGUAUCAGUCGAACUGCUCAACAAUAUUGGUGUCCUACAUUUCGAAAGGGGGGAGUUUGAGUUGGCUGAUCAAACAUUUAAGGAGGCACUGGGUGAAGGCAUUUGGCUCUCUUUCAUGGAUGGAAAGAUAUAUCCUCCCAGUGUGGAUGCUAGAGCAUUUGCUAUGCAGUACAAGGAUUUUUCAUUUUUCCAAAAGCUGGAAGAAGAUGGCACACCUUUGGAAUUGCCAUGGGAUAAAGUCACAGCACUAUUUAAUCAAGCCAGACUGCUUGAGCAAUUGCAUGACACUGAAAAAGCAUGUCUCUUGUACAAGCUAAUCUUGUUCAAGUUUCCUGAUUAUGGGGAUGCAUAUCUGCGGCUUGCUGCCAUUUCCAAAUCUCGAAAUAAUAUUCGGAUGAGCAUUGAAUUGAUUGGUGAUGCACUUAAAGUGAACGAAAAGUGUCCAGAGGCUUUAUCAAUGCUUGGGAGCCUGGAGCUUAAAGGUGAUGACUGGUUUAAGGCAAAAGAGACUUUCAAGGCUGCUCGAGAAGCAACAGAUGGAAGAGAUUCUUAUGCAACCCUUUCUCUGGGAAACUGGAACUACUUUGCUGCUGUUCGUAAUGAAAAAAAGGAGCCUAAGUUGGAGGCAGCGCAUCUUGAAAAGGCUAGGGAGUUAUAUGGAAAAGUUUUGAUGCAAAGACCUGGUAGUUUAUAUGCUGCCAAUGGUGCUGGAGUUGUCCUUGCAGAGAAAGGUCAUUUUGAUGUCUCAAAGGACAUAUUUACACAGGUGCAAGAAGCAGCAACGGGUAGCAUUUUUGUUCAGAUGCCAGAUGUAUGGGUAAAUCUGGCACAUGUUUAUUUUGCUCAAGGCCAGUUUGCCUUGGCUGUGAAAAUGUAUCAAAAUUGCCUGCGAAAGUUUUACCAUAACACCGACACCCAAGUUCUUCUGUACCUUGCUCGCACUCAUUAUGAAGCUGAACAAUGGCAAGACUGCAAGAAAACUUUGCUUAGAGCAAUUCAUUUGCAGCCUUCAAAUUAUAUGCUUCGCUUUGAUGCUGGUGUGGCAUUGCAGAAGUUCUCAGCUUCUACUCUACAAAAGACUAAGAGGACUGCUGAUGAGGUUCGUUUGGCGGUGGCAGAACUGAAAAAUGCAUUGAGAGUAUUUAGUCAACUCUCUGUAGCAACUGGCCAUCACUGCCAUGGGUUUGAUGAGAAGAAGAUAGAGACUCAUGUUGGAUAUUGCAAACAUUUACUCGAUGCUGCUAAGGUUCAUUGUGAGGCAGCGGAGCGUGAAGAGCAGCAGAUUCGCCAGAAACUAGAGGUUGCUCGUCAGCUUGUCUUAGCUGAGGAAGCCCGCCGAAAAGCUGAGGAACAAAGAAAAUUUCAGAUGGAGAGGAGAAAGCAAGAGGAUGAGCUGAAGCAAGUGAUGCAGCAGGAGGAACAGUUUGAGCGUGUGAAGGAACUAUGGAGGAGUAAGCGUAAAGACCGACCCCAUGCCGAAGAUGAAGAGGAGGGUGGGCAUGGAGAGAAGAAAAAGAAGAAAGAGAAAAAGCGGAGAAAGAAGGACAAGCAUAACAAGUCACUUGCUGAAAUAGAGGAGCAAGAAGCUGACAUGGAAGAACCUGAGGAGAUGGAGGAAGAUGACGCAAACAUGCUCAAUGAGAAAGAGGAAGAUGGGGAGAAUGCUCAAGAUGCCUUGGCUGCUGCUGGCCUUGAAGAUUUUGACGAUGAAGAAGAAAUGAUGCAGAAUGCUUCUGCCUCGAAGCCUUCUCGAAGGAAGCCAGCAUGGUCUGAGUCCGAUAAUGAUGAACCAAUUGAUAGGCCAGCAGCAAUUGAGCAACCGCAUUCUGAUCAAGAGAGUGACAAAGAAAUCCCAUCUCAUGAAAAUGGAACCCAAGGGCUUGAUGAUGAAGAAGAGGACUGAGAAGUGUUUUUUUCUCAAUUUUGGAACUUUUCUUUUUCUUUUUCGGUUGGGUUGGUUUUGAAUUAAUUUUAAGAGGUGAAACUCGUAAAUGUACAGAAAGGAAGGCUGAUAAUGUUCAACAUUUUAGAAGCUUGUAUGUUGGAGUGGGGUUGGGAAAUGUUAAUAUCUUAUUUAUUUGUAAAGGGCCUGUUAUCAUUGUAAAAUAGCUUGGAUGUUGGUUUUAAUUCUGUAAAUUAAAUUUGGGUUAUAGUUUUCAGUGAUUUU